AUUGAACAUUCUCCUCACUCUCAACACACCUAUUCCUUCACACCCACCCAAUUGCGUAAGAAAAGUCUUCGCAAAAAGGAAAAUGGGCGACCGCGAAGAGGACCCGCGUCCCAGCAAACGUGCGCGUCUCGACUCCCCAUCCUCUACUCCCAAUGCCGUGCCUACUGCAUCCACUCCUACCACCUCGUCUCUGCAAUCAGCAACAGCAACACCAGCAGCGCAGACGACAGACCAGGAUCGCGAGCUCCGCGCCGGAAUAACCGAGUAUGUGUCUCCGGGCCUUGGCUUCUCGGGCGUGCUGAAGCAGCGGUACACCGAUUUCUUGGUUAAUGAGAUCGGGCUUGAUGGGCGCGUCGUGCAUUUGACUAGCACUGGCGUGAAAAGGCCUAGUCGGGAGCCGAAGAAGAAGAGUGGGGGCGAGCAAGGGGAAGCUGAGGAGACCAAAGGUGGUGAUGUGGAUAUGAAGGACAUUGGUUAUGGUCCCGAGAAAAAGGAAGCAGACGCUGUCGAAGAGAAGCGUGCUACAGAUGGAACUGGCGAGAGCGACGCAAAAGCGAAUGGCGAGGACGAAGCCAGCACCAACGUUUCAGAGGAAGACCUCGCGGCUCUCCAUGCGAUUUUCGGAGAGGACACGACGACCGAGGUUAUCAAGUUGGUCGCGCAGGUCCGCAAGCACCCCGCGCGCAAGGCGAAGGAGUUCAAGGCUGUGCUGGCGGCGCCGAUUGCGGAUAAAGAGUUGCGGACGCAGGCACAUCAGACACUGCGACGAGUGUUUCCGAACAUGCUUGAGAGCGGCAUGGAGCCGGAUCAGUCGAUUAGGAUCAAGGCGAGGCCGCCUGCGGAGAGAGGCAAUAAGAAUAAGAGGGGUGGGGAUAGGGAUAGAGAUACUGAGCGGAUGAGAGGGUCUCUGGCGUGGGAAGAGCGUGGGGGAGAGUUCUUGCACUUUACGUUGUACAAGGAGAACAAGGAUACCAUGGAGAUCGUGGGUUUCCUCGGAAGCAUCACUGGCGGCGGGUCGAAGAGCUAUUCUUUCGCGGGUACAAAGGACCGACGAGCCUGUACGGUUCAGCGUGUCUGCGUUAAGAGGCAAAGUGCUGAGAGAAUGGCCGGUGUGAGCAAGAAGCUUUUCAAUGCCGCACUCGGAGACUACGAGUAUAAGAAGCAUGAUCUUCGAUUGGGAGAUUUGAUGGGCAACGAGUUUACCAUCACUCUCAGGGACUGCCACUUCGAAAAGGAGGAAGGGUUGGAUGCUGCACAGCGCUUCCAAUCAGCGAACGAGAUUGUGUCCCAGGCCGUUGAGGGCUUUUCAAAAGACGGGUUUAUCAAUUACUAUGGACUGCAGCGUUUUGGAUCUUUCGCUGCUAGCACUGAUGCCAUCGGGAUCAAGCUUCUGCAAGAGAACUUCAAGGGCGCCGUGGAUGAUCUAUUAGCCUACAGCGAGGUUGCGCUCGCUGCUGCCGAGAACGAUGAGGAGGACCCAGCGAUCCUCGUAUCUAAAGACGAUCGCGCGCGCGCCAAAGGCCUCCAUGCCUGGAAAACCAAGCAGGACGGCAACGAAGCGCUUCGUCUACUCCCCAAGAAACUCGCUGCUGAACGCAACAUCAUACAGCAUCUGAGCUCCAGGAACAGCCGGACCAGAGCCUAUGAUCGGUUGAACGACUACAGGGGAGCGUUGAUGACCAUUCCAAGGAACUUGCGGUUGAUGUACGUGCACGCUUACCAAAGUCUCGUGUGGAACGUUGUCGCCGGCAAGCGAUGGACAACCUACGGUUCCAAGGUCGUCGAAGGAGACCUCGUCCUCGUAGACGAACAUAAGGACAAGGACGGUUCAGGCGACGACGCAGCUCCCGACACGGUUGACCAGGAUGGCGAGAUGAUUAUCAACCCCGCUGGGGAAGACAGCGCCGUGAACGACGAAGAUCAAUUCGAACGAGCGCGUCCUCUUACUAAAAAGGAAGCAGAGAGCGGCCAGUAUAACAUUUGGGAUGUCGUCCUUCCGCAACCAGGGUUUGAUGUCGAGUACCCACGAAAUGCUAUUGGCGAGUUCUACAAGGAGUUUAUGGGCAGCGACCGUGGUGGUCACCUUGAUCCGUACAAGAUGCGCCGCAGUUGGAGAGAAAUCAGUCUCAGCGGUGGAUACCGAAAGUUCCUGGCCAAGCCGAUCCAGCCCAUUUCCUUCACCCUGCAUGAAUAUGUCAAGGAGGACGAACAGUUCGUUGAGACGGAUCUCGAGAAGCUUAGGAAGCAAAGCAAAAAGCCAGCUGAUGAGCCGGCUGGGGACAAGAAGGAAAUUCCUGCUGUAGAAAGCAAUGAGGACAUCCAGGGACAGAAAAAGAUUGCAGUUGUCCUGAGCUUGCAACUGGCUUCCAGCCAGUAUGCGACAGUGGCGCUGCGAGAGCUCAUGAAGGCUGGAGGUGUGAAAGCGUACCAGCCUCAAUUCAUGGGUGGACGAUAGACGAAACGAAAAGUAUAUCAUUUAGACAUGAAUCAUAAAUACAUCAUUCAUCAUCCC